AUGGGGGCACUACUAUGGCUGCUGGUGCUGCUGGGCCUGGUGAAUUGUCCCAUCACCCCGGAGGACCUGUCUGGGGACCUACGUGUCGGUGCCAGCUGGGUGACAGUGCCGCGGCAGUUGAGCCCCCGGGCCGGCACCACCUCCCCGACUGUCUCCUACUGGCUGGAGGUGGAGGGGCGGCCACGGGUGCUGCUCCUGCGGCCCCGGCAUGGCCUGGUCUCCCGCCCCUUCACCUUGGUCACCUACGGCAAGGAUGGAGCCCGCUGGGAGGAGCACCCUGUCGUGCAGGACAACUGCUUCUACCAGGGUGAGGUGCAGGGGAGCCCGGGCUCCCUGGUGGCCCUCAGCACCUGCGGCAGGGGCCUCCACGGCGUGGUCUGGGUGGAGAAUGGCACCUACGAGAUUGAGCCCAUCCCCAAUGAUCCGGCCUUCCGGCACAUCCUCUACCGCAUGGAGGAGGCCAGCAACCCUCUGGGCUCCACCUGUGGGCUGACCCCAGAGGAGCUGCAGCACCAAAAGGCUUUGCUGCCCUGGUUUAAGGCCCCCCAAGCGGUGGAGGAGGAGGAAGAGGAGAUGGUAGAGGGCUGGUGGACACACAUCAGGUAUAUGAAGAUAGCAGUGGUCGUGGACAACGUGCGGUUUGUGAAGACGGGCCGUAACGAAUCCGAAGUCUUGAGGCAAGUCAUAGAAAUCAUCAACAUUGCAGACUCUCUGUACGAACAGCUUUCCCUGCGGCUGUUUCUUGUGGGGUUGGAAAUCUGGACCAAAAGCAACCAUAUAAACAUUACUAAUUCUAUCAACAAGGCACUUGACGAUUUCAACAAGUGGCGGAAGUCAAACCUGUUUCCACGGAUGCGCCAUGAUACCGCACACUUAUUUGCGUUUCAGGGCUUUGGAAGAAGCCUGGGAUUGGCGUUUCUAGGGUCCGUCUGUGAUAGCCACUGGUCAUCAGCAGUCACUUCUUUCACUAAUAGGAAGUUGUCCGCCUUUGUUCUCACGUUUGUCCAUGAGUUGGGCCAUAAUCUUGGGAUGCAUCAUGAUAAGCCAGGCUGUAAAUGCAGACGGAAGAAAUGCAUUAUGUAUGAAACUAGUGUUGACACCGAUGCGUUCAGUGAAUGCAGUUACCAAUACUACUUUGAUAUGCUGGGGCAAGGCGCAAACUGCCUUCGCCAACCACCAAAACCCGGCGCUUUCUACACCACGAGGCGUGAAUACUGUGGGAAUAAGAUAGUAGAAGGUGGAGAGCAAUGUGACUGUGGUUCAGCAUCAAGCUGCAGAAAGGAUCCCUGUUGUCACCCGAACUGUACAUUAACUGCAGCUUCCGUCUGUGCUUCUGGAAAAUGCUGCAAGAGAUGUCGGUUCCUUCCAGCAGGAAAGCUCUGCAGAGCAAGUACUGGCACCUGUGACCUGCCAGAGUAUUGCAGUGGGAGUUCCCCUUUGUGCCCGCCAGAUAUCUACAUGCAAGAUGGAACUCCUUGCAAAGAUGGUGCUUAUUGCUAUCGAGGAAAAUGUUCUUCUCUCAGUAAACAGUGCAAGAAUCUCUUUGGCAAAAAAGCGAAGGUGGCUCGUUUAGAUUGCUUCAAAGCAGUGAAUAUGCGAGGUGACCGGUUUGGGAAUUGUGGUAUUCGUAAUAAUAUCCAUUUUACAAAAUGCAGUAUUGAGGAUGUCUUAUGUGGUAGAAUCCAGUGUGAAAACAUAAACAAAUUGCCUCUCUUGCAGAACCACGAAAGUCUAGUCCAAACCCCUGUUAGAGAUAAAAUGUGUUGGGGUCUUGACUAUCACAUAGGGAUGCCAAUAGCUGACAAGGGGGCUGUGGAAGACGGCACGCCAUGCGGUAGUGACAAGCUUUGUAUCAACAGGACAUGUAUCAGCGUAUCACUGCUGAACUAUGACUGUAACCUGACAAUGUGUCAUAACAGAGGAGUGUGUAACAGUCGUAAGAAUUGUCACUGCAGGUAUGGCUGGGCUCCUCCAUAUUGUGAAGGGAAAGGAUUUGGGGGGAGCAUUGACAGUGGACCCCCUCCACCCAGGGAGUUUUGGAGAACAAAAGCAGGAGUAAGAGCACUUAGUAUUUUUUGUAUUAUUUUUCUCUGUGUUGUUGGAGUAACCAUGAUCAUAUAUCAUAAACAGAAAAUAGUGGAAUGGUUUAGGAUGAGAGAGCCCCAAAUUUUAAAUACCAGAAACUCCAGCAGUUCCUAAAGAAGAACAUCUGCUGGUGAGUCAAAAUCCACCACAAAGCACUUGUGGAAGACCAACAAGUGAUAGCUUUGGAUGCUCCUGGGGAAAUCUCCUUUGAGCAGAGCCAGUUGAUAACUCAUCAGAAUAAUUUGACACAGUCUGAAUAGUUCUAAUCUCACG